AUGAUCAACCUCAUUCUUCUUGGCGUUGAGGUAGACAUGGGCACCACCCGCGGUCAGCAUGACAUACCGAAAUGGUUCAACAUUUUCAAUUUUGUUAUUGUGUGCAUUUUCACGCUGGAGAUUCUGUUGAAGCUAGUCGCUCUUGGGCUGCGAGAAUUUUUGUGCGGACCAGAUCGCUGGUGGAACGUGUUUGAUUUGCUAAUCAUUCUCGCUUCGCUCACAGAGUCAGCGCUUGAGCUCUGGGCACGAGCAUCACUUGCGGCUCAGAUGGUGCACAUCCGCUCCUUGCGCUUCAUCCGCGUGGUUCGUGCAUUGAGAGGUUUCCGUGUCAUCCGAUUUCUCAGAUAUGUGAGCGCUUUGCGUGGCUUGAUCUUCUCCAUCGUGAGCACAAUGGGGAGCCUCAUGUGGACGAUGGUGCUGUUGGUCUUGGUUUUCUAUAGCUUUGGAGUGAUCUUCACACAAAUUAUUUCAGAUCAUUGUCGGUUGGAAACGAUCCAAGCAACUGGAGACGAAAAUGCAGUGCCCUAUUGCAGUGAUGCAGAUGCGCGCCGAUAUUUCCCACAUGUAGCUGAAACGAUGUUGUCUCUUCUAAUGGCAAUUUCCGCUGGUGUAAGUUGGCAAGAGCUGAUGGAUCCUCUCCGCCGCGUUUCGAACCUGGCGCUUAUUCUAAUGGUUUUUUAUAUUGUGAUUACCAUUUUUGCCGUUUUGAAUGUGGUAACUGGUGUGUUCUGCCACACAGCUAUAGAAUCUGCGCAAGCCGACAAAGAGAUUGCCGUCAUGGUGCAGAUGGAAAAGGAAGCUGCGCACGUUCGUGGAUUGAAGCUCAUGUUCACGGAGAUGGACUCAGAUGGCUCUAACAUGGUGAGUGUGGAUGAGUUAAAGGCUGCCCUCAACACAAUGAAGCUGGCGAGCUUCCUUGAGUCCAUGGAAAUUUCGACGAAAGAUGUGUGGACGUUGUUCCGUAUCAUUGACAAUGACCAGAGUGGCCUCAUCGACUUGGAGGAGUUUGUACAAGGCUGUAUGCAGCUGCACGGCCCAGCAAAGAGUAUCCAUAUCGCGAAAAUGAGCCAUGAGAACAAGAUUACCCGACAAGCAAUCAAGAAGCUGACCUUGAAGAUAGAGGAAAUCAAUGAGCAAUUGAGAGCUGUCCUGUAA